CGUGGCCCGAGGAGGCCGGGCCUUGCAGCGACGUGGGGUGGGUCGCGGCAGCAGGGUGGGAGGCCUACGUCUUUUCGUGGGGGCGAGGUUGCGACGCAGAGUUUCCCAUAUUUCUCCUGGGUCGCUCUGGCCCCGGGAGUCGGCCCGGUUGUGGGUGCGGAGGUCGGGUGGGUGGGGUCAGCUCUUUUGAUUAAUGCAGCAGUUUGAUAAGGAGGGCGGUGCGGGAGGCUGGCCGUCUUUAUGGGGGCGAGGGAGAAGGGGCGCGGGAGUCGCUGCGGGAGAGUUACCGUAUUUGCGCUGGGCAGCGCAGACUCUAGAGGAGAGAGCCACUGCUGGAGACCGGAGGAGCAGGGGCGCAGCCUGGGCUGGACUGGUGACUGCGGCUGGAAGUGCCCAUGACAGAGCUGGCGUCCUCGGGGGGCGGGUCCCCUGCGGGGGACGGGGAGGAGGGUCUGGGGGACGAGCGAGGCCUGGUCAUCCACCACCCCGCGGAGGAGCAGCCUCACCGCUGCCCACUGUGCGGCCAGACCUUCUCGCAGCAGCCCAGCCUGGUGCGCCACCAGAAGGCACACGCUGGGGUGGGCCGCGCGGCCGCCUUCGUGUGCCCCGAGUGCGGCAAGGCCUUCAGCGUCAAGCACAACCUGGAGGUGCACCAGCGCACGCACACCGGCGAGCGGCCCUUCCCCUGCCCGGAGUGUGGCCGCUGCUUCAGCCUCAAGCAGAACCUGCUCACGCACCAGCGCAUCCACAGCGGCGAGAAGCCGCACCAGUGCGCGCAGUGCGGCCGCUGCUUCCGCGAGCCGCGCUUCCUGCUCAACCACCAGCGCACCCACGCGCGCAUGCCCGCACCGCACCCGCGCCGCCCCGGCGUGUUCGGGGAGCGGCGGCCCUACUUCUGUGCCCGCUGCGGCAAGAGCUUCGCGCGCGAGGGCUCGCUCAAGACCCACCAGCGCAGCCACGGCCACGGGCCCGAGGGCCAGGCGGCCCAUUUAGGCCGCGUGCUAUGAUGCGCGCCAGGCCUGCCGCCGCCGGUUUCCUGCCCCAGAGCCGCGUCCGUGACUCCAGGAGAUGGCGCUGGGCUGCGGCCCCCGUUCUGGAUUUGAUCCUGAGAGACGGGGAGGGCUGGCUUGGGGUCUUGAAGGAGUGGGCCGCUGCCCCGCUUGGGCCGCCUCUUUCCGAGUCUUCUCCACCCUACGGCUGGUCGUCCACAGCUGCUUUGGGCCCCUGCAUUGGUUUUCCUCCUUUGGCUCACCCGGCCUAGAGUAGAUGUGGAGUGGGCAGGACCUCUGGGCAGUGUGUGAGGCACAUCUGGGCACAGAGUCUAGGAAUGGGGCCCUCUGGGGCCCUGCCCACCGGCACGAGGACAUGUCCCCUAAGAAGACCUACCUCGGGAGGUGCCCUGCAGAGGGGACUGAUGCAGCCUGGAAUUGGAGGCCGGUUCUGUGCCCCGGUGGAAAAACUCCCCGAACCAGUUGGGAGUCAUGGCCAGAGAAGAGCUCGUCCUGGCUGCCUGGCCACAGACUUCCACUCUCAUGUGGCAGCAGGGACAGUGCCUGUGUGGAGAGCCAGCUUCUCUGCGCCUGCCUGGCCCAUCAGAGACAGCAAGUAACUGGCCCAAGAGAACACAGCAAAGUCAGCAGGAGGCCUGGCUCUAGAGGCGAAGCCUUUCCCCCAGGUGUGAACCAUACUUGCAAGGCUCCACUUUCCUUUCAGAGCAAUGGUUCUGAAGACUUUGGGGGUGUGAAACCCUUGGGAAAUCUAGCAAAGUUAUGAACCUUCUCCCCAGGAAAACGCGCAUACUCGCAUACUCACGGAGACACGAGAAUCUACAAACAAUGCCAGAGCUCCUGGACUCCUGGCUGAGAAUCUCAGCCCCAGGACAGAACCUGCCACUCUUUCCUUACCUACGACAGAUCCCUGGGUCAGGGCCGCCCCACAAGUAGCAUUUCUCCCUCCCCCUGCUGAACUUCCUUCCCUCACUCAGGAAUAAAGAAUUCUGAGGAGGGGACCCUUUUAGUCGCUCUCCUCCCAGGCCUCACGGGGUCUCAGGCUCCUGGAACCUCUCUUCCCUUCCACAGACGUUGCUGGAGGCUCUCUGGGCUGCGUUUGCUCUUCUCUGAUUUGGGGUGCUUGCUCUGGCUGCUGGGUUUCACCAUGCCCGGGAUCCCUGGCCCGGGCUCUGUCUGAUCUCACCGUGAAAGUGGCGGGGAAAGCGGGGAGUUCCAUGGUGUAGGGUGUGCGUGACCUUGGGUCCACCCGGGGGGAGGGAUCCUGCUUCCCAGCAGCCAAGCCUCUGCCACACCAGGGGUUUAGCCAGGCCUGAUGUGGGGAAGGCUGAGGGGGCAGACGGAGCUUGGCUCCUGGUGCCCGCCAGCUCUGGGGCCGAGGAGCUUUCCCGAGGUCCGUGCAUGGAUGUGGAGGGGCAGAGGCUGGACCACCAGCAGGGAGAGGACUUCUGUUUCCACCCUGAGCGGGUUGGCCUGGAGCUCACUGGCCUCCCCAGAACGACCCACUCAUCUGAAGAGGUGUGGCCGAUUAGGGCUGGGCUGGGGUUUCGAUGACCUCCAGAUGCAGGUUCUACUUAGUGAAACCGUUGGGGGUGGGGAGAGGCCUGGAGCCAUGGAUUUAGAUCAAAUCCCAGCAAUGGGAGUUGUGGGGGGCGCCGUGGAGCGUUCUGGUGGGAGGUCCUAGGGCCCAGCUGGGCUUUGGUCAGGGUUGUCUGGAGGCCCCCUCCCCAGCUCCUGCCCUGGGAUCUUGCCUGUCCCGUCUCCCUUGCAGCCUGCUGCAAAUCUGCUGCACGCCUCGUCCUGGAAUAACAAACCGUGCUGGGGGAGAUCAGAGAAACAGGAGGCGUUCUGCACUCCAGAAGCUUCCAUUUGCUCUGAUCCUUGGCCUGCCUGGAGGGAGCCUCAGGGAGGGAGCCUCCCUGCCGAUCGUCAGCUCACCUCCCUCCAGUCUAACCACGCAGCCCUCAUGCUCUGUUUCGGCCUCUGCCUUCCCUGGUAUUGCUGUGAAAUGCGCCCCUCCCCCGUCCUCCCCAAACCCACUUCUCCACCAGGACCUCCAUCCUCUUUCUCUGAACGGUCCCUGUGUUAACACCGUCUCACCCUCGGGGGCACGUGCCGCCUUGCACUCUGGCUUUCCGUGCGCGCGCGUGCGUACGUGUGUGUGUGUGUGUGUGUGUGUGUGUUUUGAGUCUCCAGCUAGACUGUGCGCUCCCUGAGGGCAAGGGACGUGCCAUUUCCUCUUGAACCCCAACAGGGUCCAGCACAGGGCUGGGCUCAUAACACUCAGGAAAUAACUUGUCUACUGGCUGAUGGGUCAAGUGCUGGAGGCUGGAGGGUGGCUGGUGGUGGGAGGAGGUGGCGGGUGAGUUCACACGUGGGUUGUGGGUUCGUUUCACUGGGCUGUGAGCUGGCUCCCCUGGGGCACUAAUGACUGUAGGAGACCUCAGGUCCUCCCCUACUUGGGCCAGUGGGACAGGAGGGACGCCCCCAUGGCUACGCGGGAGUGCGUGUCAAUGGUCGUCCAGGCUGGUUAUUUCCGUUGGUCACCGAUACCUGCCGGAGCUGACCAAGUGGAAUAAAUGUUCUCUCAACAUCA